AUGCUGCUGCUGCUGCUCCUGCCCUCCUGCUGUGUCAGCUGGGCAGGAGCAGAACAAUCAGUUCAAUGCGGAGCUACAGCCACGUUCAUUGUCUCUGACUCGGGAGUUCUCAGUCGACAGGGAGCCUGUGGCACUGAUUGCACAUACCUUUACUUGUUCUCCAAAUCAAUCAACUCGGUGAAUGUCUCAGCUUUCCAAGGAUGUACGUCUUUGCGAUCUCUUUCUUUAAGCUUUAAUUAUCUGACUUCCAUCCCCUCUGGAUUGUUUGAAGAAACAUCUGCAUUGUGGACACUUGAUCUCAGUUACAACAAAAUAUCCAGCAUCGCAUCCGAUGCUUUUGUGAAUCUUCACAGCCUCUCAAGUUUGAAUCUGGCUUCCAACAAGCUGACCAUGCUGCCUGAAGAAAUUUUCAACAUCACUACAUUGAGCUUCCUCACGCUCGACAGCAACGAAAUCGUCUCAAGCGUACCUCAGCAGUUCUUUCAGAAGCUGACUGAACUGAUAUACCUAAGUCUUGAUACGGCCAUGCUGUCCAGCAUUCCUUCCAGCACUUUGAUGUCAUUGAGGAGCUUGUCCUUGAACAACAAUUCUCUUUCUGGUCAGAGCGGUGUUGAGGAGAAUUUCUUCGACAAACUAGUUGUUCUUAGAUCACUGACUCUGGACAACUUCGAUGGUAGCUUUUUGCAGCGUGCAGAUCUGAAGAAUCUCUCUGAUACUCUGGACUCACUAUCUCUGUAUGAUGUAGCGCUUUCAAGCAUCCAAGAAGGACUUUUUGACAGCUUCGUGAGGUUAACACGUUUGUUUCUUCUUGACUGUCAAGUAGAACGACUGCCAGCGAGCACGUUUGACAAGCUGACAGAGUUGACGUAUCUUUCUAUAAGUAUGAAUGAUAAGUUGCAGAGCCUUCCAGCUGGAAUCUUUGACAAGCUGACCAAACUGACGACGCUAUCGCUGGAUUGGAAUGGUCUGACAAGUCUGCCGAUGGGAUUCUUUGACAAGCUGUCGAAUCUAGAAGAUCUGGAUCUCUCUUUCAAUCGACUCGCGUACCUGCCGGCCAUCGCUUUCAUGAACCAGACACAAACCGUCCAGAUCGACUUGAUGUACAAUGACAUCACAUGCUACCACCAGGCGUGG